UCGAAGCUGGUUAACUCUAACCGCGGUUAAAAGUUAACCGCGUUUCCCUACCUAGGUACAUCCGAGUACCUAGCCGCGUUCGACAAAAACUCAACGCACAAUUUCUCCGUGUUUUAUUAUUAUGCGGUAGCUCCCGCCACCUUCCGGUCGAAGCAAACAAUAGCCUUUUAAGAAACGUUUUUGCUAGUUUUGUCUUUAUUAAGAAAAAUAAAAACAACAUCGUAUCACAAUGUUUCUUUUUAUGCAUGAAAAUAUAUAUGUACUUUAAAAAAAUAAUAAAUAUCUUGAUGCAUCUAUUGUGCCGCCAAACACAGCAUAAGUUUGCAGCGUUGAUUUCGGGUCUGGCAACGGUCUUUAUAGAUUCGUUGUUUUUGGUUGUUUUGUUCUCCGUGUUUUGCGACGCACGUUUCCCGCGCUUUAGUUAUCACCUGAUUUUCACUGUUUGUCUUCUCCUGCCGUUUGCCCAACCGACCCUCCGACUCGCUCGCCGACUGACUACCGGACUGACUGACAACUGAUUUGCGGACGGAUUGGUGAAGAUAAGGGACGCAAUGUCGACUGUGGCGCGACGCCGACAUCGAAGAGAGCGCGUGUUCGCCCAGUACGCUGUUGUGAUGAUGGGACGGCAGCGUGUGUUCCGUGACCGCUUGAACCCUUUGGAGGAGUUCGAUGAGGACGAACUGCAGGAGCGCUUUCGAUUCGGUCGCGCGGGCAUUGUGUUCCUCGCCGACACACUGCGCCCGGACUUGGAGCGGCCGACGCGUCGCAGCCGCGCCCUCUCUGCAGAGCAGCAGGUCAUUGUCGCCUUACAGUUCUACGCCACGGGGAACUUCCUCAUCACCGCAGGGGACUACAUCCGUGUGCACGUCUCCACUGCUUCGCGGACUGUGAGGCGGGUGACUCAGGCCUUGGCACGUCGUGCCCAAGACUUCAUAGGGUGGCCAGGUGAAGCUGAGGGUCAUGCCUUACAACAGGCCUUCUUUGAGAUCGGUGGGUUUCCUUCGGUCGUGGGUGCUGUUGAUGGCACUCACAUUCGGAUACAGGCACCACAAGUGCAUGAGGAGGUGUACGUUAACCGCCAUCUGUACCAUUCAAUAAAUGUACAGUUAGUGGUUGACGUCUUUUACCGUAUCCGCAAUGUGGUUGCAAAAUGGCCUGGAAGCACCCACGACUCUAGGAUAUUCACCGAGGGCUCGUUGUCAGGCAAGCUGGCCAAUGGCGUUUACGAGGGCCUACUGCUUGGAGACAGCGGCUACACCUGCAAGCCAUGGCUGAUGACGCCCUUCCUGUCUCCGUCAUCAGCAGCGGAGGUCGCCUACAAUGCGUCACAUAGCACAACGAGGAGCAUCGUGGAACGGACAAUAGGCCAGCUCAAGCGGAGAUUUCAUUGCCUCCAUGCUGAGUUGAGGAUGCAGCCAGAGAGAUGCUGCGACAUCACUGUUGCCUGCUGUGUCCUGCACAACCUGGCCAAGACAUACCCCUGCAGCAUGCCAAGGACUGUCCUCCCCGAAGAGGUUCCCGUCGAGCCCGUGGCAGCGGGCCGUGAUGAAAGCAACGAGGCUCGGGAUGCCAUCGUCGGUUGA